AUGGUGCACGAGGUCGACGACAUUAUCCGCGCCGACCCGUCACGUGCCAUACCCGACCUGCAGGCUGUCCUUGAAGGCAGAGUGCUGGCAGAUGGCGGUUUUUCCCCGGAGGGCCCAGGUCGUCUGAAUAGCACGGUUCGUUGCUCACCUCUGGACGGUGCGCAUUCAAGUGCCGUGUGGCUGCGUCGAUGGUGGUCGUAUGCAGAUGGUCGUUGUCACUGGUCAUCUUCUUGGACUGGGAAGUGGGAAAACGACUUUGACUCUGCUGAUAUGUGCUGCUUGGUGGUUGCGGGCACGCAGUUGAGUUUUUUUUGUUUUUUAUUAUUUUGGCGGUCGUGGCAAUGGAGGUGUUUGAUGCUAGUUAUCAAAGUGAAGGGAGAAAAUUGA